CUUAUAAUUGGAUACUUGUGAAGAAAGGGUAGAAUUGAUUAAUUGAUAAUGCAGUAUCAAUUUUAAAGUAAAUACAACAAAUUGGAUUGGACUUAAAGCUACACAAAAAUAGUUUUGAGGGAGGAGAACCUAAUUUACCAAAACAUAAAUAUUGGUGGACGAAUCUAGAAAAUUUUGCGAAAAAAAAAAAAAAAAGGCGAAUCAAGCAAUAGAAUGAACCAACAACAGCGAUCAGCUCUCCUCCAUUCUUCAUCACUCUUCCCCCCGCCCCCAGGCGUGAAAUUAUCAUAUGGCACGGCCGGGUUCAGAGCGGAUGCAUCUCUGCUUGAGUCAACGGUGUUCCGAGUUGGUAUACUGGCGGCGCUCCGUUCAAUUCAGACAGGUUCGGUGAUCGGGCUUAUGAUCACCGCUUCCCACAACCAGGUUUCCGACAAUGGUGUCAAAAUCGCCGAUCCAUCUGGCGGAAUGCUGACUCAGCUCUGGGAACCCUUUGCUGAUGCCAUUGCUAAUGCCCCUGAUCCAAAUUCUCUCCUCCAGUUGCUAGAUGAUUUUGUAAAGAAGGAAAAUAUUACACUGGAAGGAGGCCCGGCAGCGCGAGUUUUGCUGGGACGAGACACUCGGCCGAGUGGUGCUUCUCUUGUGGAAGCUGCUAAACAAGGCAUAACAUGUAUUACGGGAGGCACAGCCAUAGAUGUGGGAGUUCUGACAACUCCUCAACUACACUGGAUGGUUCGUGCUAAAAAUAAAGGCGUCGAAGCAUCCGAACACCAUUAUUAUGACCAGAUUGUGACAUCCUUUAGCUACUUGAUGGAUAAUAUUCCUCGAGAAAAUAGCAGCAAAGAUGUGAAUGACAAAUUGAUUGUGGAUGGGGCUGAUGGUGUUGGUGGAGAAAAGCUGGAGAAGUUGAAGUCAAGUUUGAAGUACUUAAGUAUUGAUGUUCGUAACUAUGGUGAUGGUGUACUUAACGAAGGUGUAGGUGCUGAUUAUGUGCAGAAAGAGAAGGUUGUUCCUCGUGGUUUUGGUCCUUCUGAUGCCGGCAUUAGGUGUGCCAGUUUGGACGGAGAUGCUGAUCGGCUUGUAUAUUUCUCGGUUCUAUCAAAUAGUAACAAGAUCGACCUUGUUGACGGGGACAAGAUAUUGUCUUUAUUUGCUUUAUUUCUAAAAGAGCAAUUGCGUAUUCUUGAUGACAAAGCAAACACGUCAUCAUAUAAAGCAUCACUCGGUGUGGUACAGACAGCUUACGCUAAUGGCGCAUCCACUGAAUACCUUAAACAAUUGGGCCUUGAAGUUGUGCUAACUCCUACUGGGGUCAAAUACCUGCACGAAAAAGCCGCUGAGUACGAUAUCGGCAUCUAUUUUGAAGCAAAUGGACACGGAACUAUAUUGUUCUCGGAGACUUUUCUUUCAUGGUUGGAGAAUAUAAACAACGAACUUUCGUCAACGUCAAAAGGUUCCGAUCAACAUAAGGCUGCUUCGAAUCUAUUGGCUGUGAGUAAAUUGAUUAAUCAGGCUGUUGGAGACGCGUUAAGUGGGUUGCUUUUGGUGGAGGCUAUCUUGCAACAUAUGGGAUGGUCUAUCCAAAAAUGGAACGAGCUUUACCAAGAUUUACCUAGCAGACAACUCAAGGUAAAGGUUGUUGACAGGACAGCUGUCAUUACUGGAAAUGCAGAGACUGUAGUUGUUAGCCCUGUCGGUAUACAAGAAGCCAUUGAUGCUGAAAUAGCAAAAUACACCAAAGGACGAUGUUUUGUACGGCCUUCGGGAACCGAAGAUGUGGUGAGAGUGUAUGCUGAAGCAUCAACGCAAGAAGCAGCAGACAGUCUAGCUCAUUCUGUGAUGGUGAUUGUCCAUCAAUUUCUUUGGUUUUAGCAACACUAAUUAAAUCCCCACGACCUUUUUUAUAAUUAUAUCCUUGUUUGAAUUUUUUAUACGUAGAGGUAAUUAUGUGGCUUUUUUUGUUGCAUUCGACACCUCUCUACUUAUUUGAAUUGUUAAUUUUUAUUUUAAUUAGCAUAAGCUCUAAUGUGAUCAGAAGUUAAAGGCAAAUAAACCCGUUGAAGCUAACCGUGUAAGUACUCUUUUCUUUGUACUGAUGCCAUUGGCUUGAGGCUAGUCUAUAAUGUUGUUUUAUUA